ACAACCGCCCUCCCGGCGGGCAGCGGGGCUGAGGCUUCGCCAAGCAGCCCGCAGGGCUGAAGUCCUGCGCCGCUCCCCGCGGGGGUGGCCCCGCCGCCGUCGCCGGCACCUCGCCGCCGGAAACGGAAGCGCGGAGCAGCGGCGGCGGGGCGAGCGGGCGGCAGCGGCACCGGCACCGGUAGGGGCGGCAGCGGCGCGGCGCGGCGCUCGGUGGGCAAAAAUGUCUGCAGCCUGUGACUUGCUUGCGCUCCACACUGGUCAGAAGAUCCCUCUCAUAGGACUGGGAACUUGGAAAAGUGACCCUGGCCAAGUGAAAGAAGCAGUGAAACAUGCCCUAAGUGUGGGUUAUCGCCACAUUGACUGUGCAGCAGCUUACAGCAAUGAAGCUGAAAUAGGCGAGGCUUUCCAGGAAUGCAUUGGGCCCAACAAGAUUAUUAAAAGGGAGGACCUAUUUGUAACAUCAAAGCUCUGGAAUACCAAGCACCACCCAGAAGAUGUGGAGCCAGCGCUAAGGAAAACACUUGGAGAUUUGAAGCUGGCUUACCUGGACCUGUACCUCAUGCACUGGCCUCAUGCCUUUGAGCGAGGGGACAAUCUCUUCCCAAAGAAUCCUGAUGGCAUGAUGCGUUAUGAUUACACUGAUUACAAGGAUACCUGGAAGGCUAUGGAGAGGCUGGUAGAAAAAGGUCUUGUGAAAGCCAUUGGGCUGUCAAACUUCAACAGCCGUCAGAUUGAUGAUGUACUCAGUGUGGCCACUGUCAAACCGGCUGUGCUCCAGGUGGAAUGUCAUCCCUAUCUAGCUCAGAAUGAGCUGAUAGCUCACUGCCAGAAGCGAGGACUGGUUGUCACUGCCUACAGUCCGCUUGGCUCUCCAGAUCGAAUGUGGAAACAUCCAGAUGAACCUGUGCUUCUAGAAGAACCUGGGAUCAAAAAACUGGCAGAAAAAUACAGCAAGUCACCUGCCCAGAUCAUCCUCAGGUGGCAAGUGCAGCGUAAAGUUGUUGCCAUUCCCAAGAGUGUCACUCCUGCUCGUAUUCUGCAGAAUCUCCAGGUGUUUGAUUUCAGUCUCACGGAAGAGGAGAUGAGCCACGUCAGCAGCCUGAAUAAAAAUUGGCGUUACAUUGUGCCAAUGGUUACGGUGGAUGGAAAGCUAGUAGCAAGAGAUGCUGGACACCCCUAUUACCCCUUCAAUGACCCCUAUUAACUACUAGAAAACAAGGUGUUAGAAUAACAUGCUCCUCUGCAUGCUCUUCCACAAGUAAUUGUUGCCAUAGUUUAUCAAAAAACCUUCCUUUCUGAAUAGGAGGCCUGAAAAGGUUUACUUGUGUACUGCUUCUAAUUGACCUCUUUUCUGGAGAUACUGUAACUUCCACAUCAGAGUUUGUAGGAUUUGUUACAAUGACUGCAAGCUUGCUCCUGGAAGCAUCCAGUGUUCUGGGGAUUAGAUAGAGAUUGGGGGAGUCCACAUCAAGCUCCAAACACUUUGUAAUUGGGCUAGGGCAUUAGUCUGGAUGUACUGCCUGUAAAAUGGUUUUGAAUUCUUUAGUUAUUACCAUGGGGGGAGGAGGAGAAGGUAGUAGCACGAAAGCAUUUUCCAACUAAACAACUGCUCAGUCAUUGACUUAGAUAUUUUUAUUAGGGUUUUUAUACAGGGAACAAAGAGAAAGUGCUGUGUCUGUAAAGCAUUAAUUGAAGCCCAAAUAACCAGCCACAUCCAGUCCAUUUUGUUCCCUUUAGAGUACUUGUGGGACUUCAGAUCUCCAUUUUCUUUUUAACUUUCACAUUGAUUUGAGGGAAAUAAACGCAUAUCCUGGAGCAGGUCUUCAGGGCAAUCCUCUCUGUUGCUUUUCCCAUGAAUCGGUUUUAGCUCUAGCAAUGACUCUGAUUGUGCCAUCACAAAAGCAUCAAUAACUUUGUUAGGAAGUCUUAGAGAAAUUCAUCCUGCCUUACCCACAGUGUUGUCCAGUGUGUCUUUACUAAAGAUGUCCAGUUUGAGUUCUGGAAGAUCACAGAAUUAGUUCCUGAGUAUACAGUAAAAGCAAAGACCUGUCAGAGGGCCCCUUCUAUUUUAAUGUCUCCUUUUCAACUGCUGUCCGAGCUGGGACUUGGGAGAGCUGGUCCUGUCCCACGUUCUACCACUGAUCUGCUGGUGACACCGGACAAGUCAUUUGCCUUUUCUGUGCCUCUGUUUCCCAACUUGCCAUGUCUCUGUGUUACUCUGAGGCAGGGACUAAUUUACUGAGUGCUGAUAUACCAUUGAGUACUACUGGAGCUCUAGCAUUAACAACAGUUUGUUUUGUUUUAGCAUCUCAUUAAUUAAUUGUCUCGCCAUCUGAGUAUAAAAGGGCAUAAGGGGUUAAUACCUAACAAUGCUCUGAUAGUAAUACCAUUUGUGGCCUUACCAAUGUUGUUUAACUUUUUGUUUUGACUUUCUCUACCUGUAGAAUAGGAUUAAUGCUUAUUCGCCUUGAUGCAGACGUUACAAGGCACAGUUUCUAAAGGCUUAUCAGAAUUGAAACAAAGGGAUUCUUUCAGAUCCAUUGAUGCCAUUUGCAGAGUGUCAUAGUCAAGAGUUCUGGUUAACCAUUGGAUAAAGAAAACUUAACUAACUGUAAGUGAAUAAAGAGCACUUUUUUCCCCCUAUAGUAACAAUCCUCUGUAUUCAAGUAGUUCAAAAACUUUGAAAAUAUGUAUUAUUUUAGUUUUGCUAACUUCAUUUCAUUUGUAGUAGGCCUUUAUUAAAACCAUAUAUUAAUGUCAAGCAUAAUGCAGGCCAGUGUCUCCUCAGGUAUUUUCUGCCAUAAGCUGCACAGCAUGCAGCUGAACUAGAACAAAUCUCUUUAAAUAAAUUCCUUAUCACUUUUUGUAAUCUUUAUCUGUCCUGCAGCAAAGUGUUUUUUAAUGCAGUCUACUGCUGAACUUACUUGAGUGCAGAAAACCAUUACAGUUUGGCUGGGAUUCUUUAGUAGGCUGGAUGUUUUUUCUAAGGGAAACAAAAUCUCUGUCGGUUCUUUAUUAUUCUAAUCAAAUGUGGAUGACUUUGAGUACAGUUCUUGCUGCAAAUCAAUAAGGAAGCAAUUUUACUUUGAAGGUGCUAUGUAGAAUGCUAACAGCAGUCAUCCUGUCAAGGAAAAAUGGCUCUUGUCACUUGUAUUUCCACUUGUAUGUUUGCACGCUUUAAAUAAAUACUGUAUUCAGUGUA